GCCAGAAGUGAAAAAAACGAAAAGCAAAUAUGGAUACUCUAACCCUACAGUCUACACGUUAAUAUUCAAAAGUGAUCGAUCAAAAUGAAGCAAUAAGCAGAGUAGUCCCACUGUUGGUCUCUCAGACACCAUGAAACCACCUCUGCUAUUUCUUCACCUUUUCUUCUUUUCUCAUCUCUCCUGAACUCAACCUGAACAUCAAACUCAAAUCUCUCUCUGUCUCUGUGUGUGUUCGUCACAUGGCGGAGGUUGAAUUGGAGGCAGUUUUGGAAUUCCUGAGGAAGAAUGGUCUGUCGGAGAGCGAAUCGGCUCUCACGGAGGACAUCAUGGAAAAAUCCCAACUCGCUUCUUCUGAAUUCGAGAAAUUCUUCUUCCCCAUGGCGCCGGCGCCGCCGCUGAGGAUUCCCUCGUCCCGCCGGCUACCUGAGCUUCGUGAAGGCGGCGGCGGUGAGAGCUCCAAGAGUUUUUCCGAUGAUGAGUUCGUGAGUCCCGCCGGCUCUUCUACCACUGAAUUGUGCUGUUCCGAAUUUACAAAUCCAUAUGGUAUUCGGCCGUCCUCCCAGUCAUCAUCCGACAGGCUAUCCCAGUUUGGCACGGCUCGAAACUACCUGGAUUUUGAUAUGCAAAACGACCUCUUCUGGUACAAGGAGAAAGACGAUGAUUUUUACGCCGAGGACAAGUACAUCACAACUGUUGAGGAGGAAAACCCAAAACACAAGGCUUGUGAAGAUUAUUAUGAGCUGGGUCGACUUUUUGUACUCGAGGGAAAUGAGCAAAAACACGAACAUCUAUUCUCGGAUUAUGCUUGUUCGGCUACUCUUUGUGCUUGUUGUGAUAAGGGUACUCAAGUAUAUACAGAUCGUGCCGAGUAUAACUUCAUGGAUCUUAAAACCGAAGAUGUCAACGAAAAUUGUGUAAGCGCAAAUGGUUCGCACGAUUGGAUUGGAGGUAAUUUUGAUGAUAUGGAUGAAUUUUGUGAGGAUAAGAAAAGCGAUGAGAAAAAUGAGAACGAAAACCAUGAGAUGGUAUAUGAUGAGGUUAUUGCGGGGGAAUCCAAUGAGCCUCAAGUUGUGCUAAACGAAGAGGAUGGUGUAUCAAUGUGUGAUUCUAAGGAAGAUGAUUUUGAAAUAUUCAAUCUAAGGAUUAUUCACAGGAAAAACAGAACAGGAUUCGAAGAGAACAAGGAUUUCCCAAUCGUGAUGAACAGUAUCAUAGCCGGUCGAUAUUAUGUCACAGAAUUCUUAGGAUCUGCUGCUUUUAGUAAGGUUGUCCAGGCCCAUGACCUUUGCCUUGGCAUGGAUGUUUGCUUGAAGAUCAUAAAAAACGACAAAGACUUUUUCGAUCAGAGCUUGGAUGAGAUCAAGCUUCUGAAGUUUGUGAACAAGCAUGAUCCCGCUGAUGGAAGUCAUAUUUUACGUCUUUAUGAUUAUUUUUACUGCCAGGAACAUCUAUUUAUCGUCACUGAACUUUUGAGAGCAAACUUGUACGAAUUUCAGAAAUACAACCAAGAAUCCGGUGGGGAGCCAUAUUUUACAUUGCACAGACUGCAGAUCAUAACCCGGCAGUGUUUGGAGGCUCUAUCAUACCUGCAUGACCUGGGAAUCAUUCAUUGUGAUCUAAAGCCGGAAAAUAUUCUGAUCAAAAGUUAUAGAAAAUGUGAGAUAAAAGUUAUAGAUCUCGGUAGCAGUUGCUUUCAAGCAGACAACCUAUCUUUGUAUGUGCAAUCCCGUUCUUACAGAGCUCCUGAGGUUAUGUUGGGCCUUCCAUAUGACCAGAAGAUUGACUUGUGGUCGCUUGGGUGCAUUUUGGCGGAGUUGUGUAGUGGCGAGGUGCUCUUUCCAAAUGAGGCAAUUGUAAUGAUUCUUGCGCGCAUGAUAGGUGUGCUUGGCCCAAUUGACAUGGAGAUGCUCCAACAGGGCCAAGAGACACACAAGUACUUUACCAAAGAAUAUGAUCUGUAUUAUAUAAACGCGGACACGGACAAGCUGGAGUAUAUUGUCCCUGAUGAGACAUCAUUACAGCAUCACUUAGAUGUUUCAGAUUCUUGUUUCAUUGAGUUUUUGAAAUGCCUGCUCGAGAUCAAUCCAAAGAGACGGCUAACAGCUCGGGAGGCACUACGGCACCCUUGGCUUUCAUAUUCCUACGAGGUCGUUAAUUCUUGAUGAGCUGCAUUUUCUUUUCUUAUUUUGGUUUUUUAUUUUUAUAUUUUUUCUCCCUUAAUAUUUUCUUGAUUUCUUUUGAGUAAAUGUCUGUCUGUAAAGAUUCCAAUAUCAUUGAGUUUGAAGGAUAUGUCAGCCAAAAGGUGCUCCUUGGCUGGUUUUUUUAUGAAGACGAAACGUAUUCACUUGAUGUAUAUAGAUGAGUUACAUUUUCUCCAUACUGCCCCCAUUUAUUUUGUGGGAUUGUUUUUGAAGUUUGAUACUUGUAUCCCAAGUAUUCAGA